CUCUGCAUCUGCCCCUUGCCCUGGGCUGGGGACCAGCUAUUAUGCCAGACACGCCAGUGGAAGAAUCUCUCUUCCAAAUCAUCCACUGCUACCACCAGUAUGCGGCACGGGAAGGGGACAUGGAGACCCUGUCCCUGGAGGAGUUGAAGGCCCUGCUCAUGGACAAUGUGCCCCGCUUCAUGGAGACCUUGGGCCGGAAGGAGCCGUACUACAUUUCAGAGCUGUUUCGGGCAGCAGACAAGAACAAGGACAACCAGAUCUGCUUUGAGGAGUUCCUGUACAUCCUGGGCAAGCUGGUGAAGGAUUACCACCUGCAGUACCACAGGCAGCUGUGUGCCUAUCACUGUGCCCAGCACAACCUCUACUAGAGGGAGGGCAGGUGGCUUGCCCCAGGAGGAGGUGUGACCUGGCUGUGGGCAGCUGAGUGGGGACUCUGCCGUGUGUGUCUGCAUGUGUGCACACAUACAUGUACAAACAACCUCAUAAAUGUUUCUAAAUAUUCAUCAGUGCAUGGUCCUGGGCAAUUCCUUAAUGAUCCAGAAAGAGAAGGUUUAGUCUCUGCCCUGGGAAACAUCCAUUUUGGAUGAGAAAGACAUAGCCCUUGAAUCCAAAGUGCUCGUCUGAUGGAGGAGACACAGCCCCUGCUUCUAAGAGCUUGUCUGUGGGGAGACACAGUCACCAUCCUCAGCUUUCAGUUUGUAAGGAGGAGGAAUGUGACCCUCUGAGAAGGAAGGGAGGGAGCAGAUACAAGAGAUGUGCAAACAUCAAAGCUCCAGACCUUGGUGACAGACUGAGGGAGAAGAGGGAAGCCAGAGUGGAGUCCAAAUUUAGGUGCUGGUGACAGAGAGGAAGAUGAUUUUGGUAGUUGGCUUGGGCAUCACAGGAGUCAAGGUGGGGCCAGUGAUCCAGGAAGGCAGCACACUGGGUUUUGUGGUUGCUGAGUUAGAGACAGAGGCAAGUGCAAAGCUGACAAUCCAGCCUCUUCAGUAGCCAUGAAGAGGAAGAUAGCCUUGAAACAGGAUUGUAAAACAUGGUAAGCUGUCAAUUAAA